CUUUGCGUUUUCCUUUGACUCUGCGACACAUCGCUUACACCAAUCGUCGUACUGUAGUGGUUUUAUGUACCAUUGGCUGCCUCAGGCUCUCACCACCCGCACUCUCCCAAUGACUGUUAUCCCUGCCUCGCAUCGAGUCCCAAAUCGAUAACCUUGUUUCCGCCACAAUCCUUCCAAGGCAUGGCGCUCGGAAAUGCAAGCAGCGGGGAUCCAGAAGUUGCCGCCAAGGCGUAUGUGUGCGCAACGUGUGGGAAGCAGUAUCAGCGCAAUACACACUUGCGCCGCCAUGAAGCCACCCACACGCAAGUAAAGAAAUUCGAAUGCCCACACUGCGAGGCAUCCUUUUUCCGAAGUGAUGUGUGCAAACGACAUCGCAUCUGGUGCGCUGGACGGCACGGCCUAGCCACUUCUUCGGCGCCGCUCAAACGAGGGCGUCAGAGCUCAGCAUGUGUUCACUGCUCCAAGAGCAAAGUGGCAUGCGACGGCGGCCGCCCUUGCACUCGCUGUACAACACGGUCAUUGGCAUGCCAGUAUCCGAAAGACAUAGCGCUAAGAAAGUCAAAGGAGGAAGAUGCCGUAUCAAGCCAUGUAAUACCGGACGCCCCCAGCAGAAAUCUCACCCCGCCAUCGACUGUCGUCAGUCCAGCGUCCACAUUGAGUAGCAACGCUACGGUGUCGUCGGGAUCCAGCAGGGGCGAGACCAAGCUCCCGUUCUUAGAAAAGUUCAUGGACCCGUCCAAGAACAUCAUGCUCGAAUAUUUUGCAGCAACAGACAAUGACGGCUCCAUAAACGAGGUUGUGUCGGAGGAUGCAGCCAAUGUUCGCGCCCAGUACGACGAGAUGCGCAACAUGCAGGAUCUUGCAGACGUUGCGACAUUAUUUCCUGAACAGUACCAGUCCAUGCUGGAUGAUAUGCUGGCCUCGUUUUCGCCAGACGAAGACCUUGACAUGCUCUCUCUCUCUAUGUCAUCAUCUCCCAUUCCAGCACUUACUGACGACGGCUUUGUACGGCUUGAAGCACGGUGCGACUCGCUCAUCGAUGUACUGGAGAGUGUCCGAGAGAGCUUGCCAGAGGAUGCCGCGACUGCUUUUGACAUGACUGACGCCAAAUCCAUCUUCAACCCAGAGAGUAUCCGCGCAUUUACAGCCACCUUUUUUCGUUUCGGUCAUGUCCACUUCCCCAUCAUCCAUCCUUCCACUUUUGGCGAUGAAAACACAUCGACCCCGUUGCUGCUGGCAGUCAUCAUGGGCGGUGCAUUUCGCUCUACGCCAUCCAAACAAACGAACCUAGCAAGAUCGUUCUCAUAUCCAAUUGAAGAAUACAUCUUUAGCAAAAUUAACACCCUUUCCCUACUUCCGCCACCAUCCACCCCUCCCUCUACCGAAACGCUACAGCUGCUGCAGGCCGGCAUCAUGAUGGCCUAUCUAAUGUUUUUAACCAACUACCCGCCAACCAGAAAGCGCGGCAGACUGUAUCGAUUACCACAGCUCAUUGCAGCCGUCCGCGGCCUCGAGCUCUUCUCUAAGCAGUACUCUCUAGGCCGAGAUUGGAAAGACUUUGUCUACCAGGAAACUACUGUCCGAGUGGCAAUAUGGGCGGCUCUGGCUGACUGGCACUACGCCGUGAGCUUUUACUACCCACCUCUUGUCGCUGGCAGCGAAGUGCAAGCCAGCUUUCCGUGCCACCAAACGCUCUGGGAUGCCCCAGACGCAACGGGAUAUAUCCUGCAACUGGAGGCUCUGCAACCGCCAACUGCAUAUCCAGCGACCAAGGCACCAACGUCUAUCAGAGAAUUCAUAUCCGCUCUAAUGGAUAAUAAAUUCACUAUUGCGGGCAGCAUGGUGGCCAAUCGAGUGACAAUUGAGACGCUGUACACCGUGACGGUUGCAUUCAACUCGCUCACCGUAUUUGCACUUCAAAUGGGCAUCAUGUCCAACUGGGCCCCCGUGCUGCUUCGUGCACUUGAGCGAUGGGAAGCGCUUUUUGCUGAGGCCAUGGCACAGCUGGAUGAAAAGACGGCCCGCAAGGCCGGUGCAGCAAGGCACGCACCGGAGACAUGCAUCCUGCUGCGGCUGAUUAUCGUAGUGUUUCUCAAGAAUCCCGGCCAUGCGUACUUUCAAAAGAUUGGCCAUGACUCCAUGCACGAGCUGUAUGAUAUCGCCAAAGCUGCUGCUGCAGAGGAAUCAGAGCCUGCUGAAGAAACAGAUUCGUGAAAUUAAUAGCUGUAUCGCUUUUUUUGAGAGAGAGAGCUUGCAGUAGCUGAUAAAGAACCCUUCAUGUACAUACUUACUGGCACAGUCCACAGACACAGAAACAGUAAUUGAAACAACAUGUGUAUAGAUGU